CUACACUGUGUAAUUCAAGUAAUUAGCAAUAAAUAUUACUGUACCUGAAAACCAUUCAAAGAAUCGGAAUAUAAGCCAUGCUGAUACUUAUCUUCGUGAUACUGUUCGCUGGCGCGGUAAACGCAGGCAGUUCGAAGUCGGACACCUUCGUAUAUUCCCAUAAUGUCCCGCGAUAUUUAGAAGCUAAUCAAUCGUUUGCGCAAGCGAAGAAAUAUAUACAGAAUCAUUUACCGCAUGGCGCAAAAUCAUAUAUUGCGGAUGAGGCCAUUGCUUUCGGUGGCCUCGCGUCUGUAGCCGGAGGACUAGUUCAAGCAUUUACAAUUGACCCUAGAUAUUACGAGCCAGUGAAUAUAGUUGAAGAUUACAAUAAAUUCGGAAGAGAAAAUUACACCUACGUAGUUAAAAUAACCAAUGAAUUGUUGGAAGAUGCUAGUGAAAAAAUUAAACCGAUAAUAAAUCUCAUGAAAUCCUUAUGUACCAUAGAACCCUACUUAGGCUGCAAUGAAGCUGUUGACAAGAGCGUCAGAUCGAAUUCCUACGCUUACUACAUGCCAGCUCGACUCCUGAUUCAUCUUGGAAAAGUAUCGAAAAAUAUAAUGAGGAAUAUUAUCUUAUUAGAAAAAUUAAUAAAUAACAAUGAAGUAGUUUCCUAUUUAUCUGUGCACGCCAAAGAUAGGGGUUUAAUGACGGUCAUCAAGAGAUUGUCUAGAGCCUACGAAAUCUUGAAAAGAAUGGGAUCUUUUCAUUAACGGGAUUAUUAAUAGAUGUAAUCAAAUAUAUUUAUAAGAAAUAAAAUAUUUCUUUUAUUGAA